UAUAACUUGCAAAUGAAUAUUACAAAGUAUUUUUUUAAUAUUUUAUUUAUUUAAAAUAUCAUGGAAUUAGAAUGCAGUGAAUCAAAACAAAAUAGUUCAACCACAAAAUAUGAAAGUUCUUUUAUAAUUACAUCGUCUAACUGGGAAAUCAAUAAUAAUAAGUGUUUUGAUGACUGCAUAUCAACAGUAUCCAUUUUACAAGCACCAGAUAGAAUAAGCCUUGAGGAUAUAGUGUCUUUAGAUACUUGUGUGGCUUUAAAAUCAUGCUCUUCUGAAGAAUCAUGCAAAUUAGAAUUCAAAAUUAUAAAUCAACAAAAAAUAGCUAGAAUAGCAUUAGCUUCGGAAGCAUCAGUUUUAGAAUUUUUCAAACAAUCUGGUGAAUAUGCAACCACUAUUUUUGCUGAGUUCAUUGAUGAAUUUCAAGAUCAUUCGGUAUAUUUAGCUGAAGCAGUCAUUGAACCACCAUCCACAGAAGCCAGCAUAAAAUUCACACGUAGAAAAAAUAAAGGUACAACUAUGUGGAUCUAUGGGAUAAGACUUAUUCUUACCGAAUCAAUAUUAGAUAGUUCCAAAAACAUGUUUGAUUUAGAUGUAAUAAAUAAUUUAUUAAUUAAUACUAAUCAACCAAAUUAUGACAAAAUUGAGAUGGCAAGGAAAGUUUUAGAAUCUUAUGCUUCUAGUGAAAAUAAUUCAUACGAAGGUGAUAUGGCUAAACACCUGCAAAAAAUAGCAACAAUCAAUCAUAAAACUGACAAUUUUCUAACGAACCAUAAAAGUGCUGAAAACAUUCAACAAAAUAUUAUUAAAAAAAUUGAAAGUACACAGCACAAUAAUGAUUCUGCAUCUCAAGAUUAUUUUGAUUUAAAAACAUACAUAGAUAAUAAAUUUUCUAGUUUGGAGAAAAAAUUGACUGAACAAAUUGAGCUUAUGGAUCAAAACACAAACAAAAAACUUGAUAGAAUUUCAAACUACUUAGAACUAAUUAUAAAGAGUAAAUAAUAUAAUAAUUAUAUUUUAUUUAAAUAUAUAAUUUUUAAUAAUUGA